GCAAAACACGAAAUACAUUUGCACGACGUUUGCGACGACAUAAAUGAAUAACAACAAUAAUUAAGUAGGUAGGUAUACGUGAACCGGCUGAGCUCUGCACGUUGCUUGUUUUUACUUAUCUCUGUUGGUAGAAAAGUGUUCUAUUCGGCUGACAUUCUGUAUAUACAGAUUAUUUGUAUUUUUAACAAUUUAAAUUUUUCUGUGAAAAAAUGUAAAUAAGCCAUAAAAAUGAUAGUCGUAAUAUUUUAGCAUAACUGAAUAUAUAAAUAAAUUAGUUUACAUUGAAUGUACUCUUACGAUCAUUUGUUAACUCUGAACUAACCUCAAAACAUUCUACAUAAUUUUUUGUUAUUUCUUGUUAUUUAUGAAAUAAAAAGUGAAAAUGAGAAACUUAAAAGAACUUUUUCGUAUAGUUAGUUUGAGUAGAUGUAAGCCUUUUGAACUGCCAUCAACUAUCCAAGCUUCUCGUCACUGCUACAGUAGUUGGAUACCAAGUGAUUAUGUCAAAACAUGUACUAUACGUUUUAAAUAUCAUAACUUGUUCAUGCAGAAAGACGAUUUUGUUGAAAAAAUUUUGCUAUCAAGAAGCAUUUCUGCAUCAACAAUAACUUGUGCCAAAAGCAAAGAUCGAGGAGGUGGUAAGGAGAAAAGAAAACCAAAAGCAUCAAAACUUGACCUACGUGAGUUAGGCGAACUCUUGGAUGUAGAUGAUCUAACUAGUCAAAUGAGUCAAGCUAUAGAAAAUAUGAAAGCUGAUUUUAUAAAAAAUCUCACUCUUCGUUCUACAACUGGUUCUUUGGAACAGAUUCCAGUAAAGGUGGAUGACAAGGAAUACCAGAUACAAGAACUUGCACAAAUUGCAAGAAAACCAAAAUUAAUAAUACUCAAUGUAUCAUCUUUUCCUACGGCAAUACCUCAUAUUCUUAAAGCUAUACAGAAAAGUGGCCUCAACAUAAACCCGCAGCAAGAGGGAACAACCCUUUACUUACCCAUUCCUAAGGUAACCAAGGAGCACAGAGAAAAUCUUUCCAAAAAUGCCAAAGCAAUCUAUAUUAGAUAUAGAGAUGAAAUUAAAGAUAUUAGAAGCAAGGCAAUAAAGAAUUUGAAAAAAAGAAAAGAUGUAUCCGAAGAUUCUAUUCGACGUGUGCAGAGUCAAGUGGAGGCACUUUCUGAUAAGUACGUUAAAGAAGCUGAAAUAGUUUUAGAAACCAAACAGAAUGAAUUGUUAGGAUCAAUGGACUAAAACUUCAUCAGUGCCUUAUAGUAAUUGACAUGAGAUUUUGUAAAAACUUUAUACAGGUACAUCAUUUGUUAAUAUUUGUAUUUAUGAAUUUAUUCGGAGCAACCUUGAUUUAUAGUUAAUUUUUCAAUAUAUAUUUUCUAACUACUAAA